CGUUUUCUUUUCUUUCUUCCUUAUCAGAUUCUUCUCUUUAUAUCCCCUUUUCCUCAACUUCAUAUUCAUCUCUCAGUCUCAGCUCCAAAUUUCCCUUUGUUUUUUAAUUUUUUUUUCAAUUAUUUUCGUGGGGUUUUUUUAUUGGUUGCUGUACGGUGGUUGGGAAGAUGAUGAGGGCGUGCGAGUUGUGUAAAGGAGUGGCGCGGAUGCACUGCGAGUCGGACCAGGCGAGCUUGUGCUGGGACUGCGACGCCAAGGUUCACUCCGCCAACUUCCUGGUGGCCCGGCAUUCCAGGAAUUUGCUGUGCCACGUGUGCCAGUCGCCGACGCGGUGGGCCGCCUCCGGCUCUAAGCUGGGGCCCACAGUCUCCGUCUGCCAGCGAUGCGUUAGACAUGAUGAACCCGGUGAAGAAGAUGAAGAAGAGGCGCCGGAGGAGGAGGAAGCGGACGAGGAGGAGUUGGAGGAGAAUCAGGUGGUGCCGUGGCCGUCGCCAUCGCCGCCUCCGUCGGAGGAAAGUUACUCGAGUGGUGACGAGCCCGUGGGCGGCGGCGUGGUGGCGGUCUCGAGGGAACUCUGCAGGCUUGAGACUGCUUCUGCAAAUCAUCCUUGCGAUGUAUGAAUAUAAUUUCCACACUUUUUCUGUUCAUUUUCUUUGUUUUUUCUAAAUCUUUUUCAGAAUUUCUCUCUUUUUUUUUUCUUUUACGAGGAAAAAUGGAAGAACACAAACGUUCUUUAAUUAAUUUAUUUAACCAGAUUUUGGUUUUAUUUUCACCAUUAUUUCCCCUCAGCAUGACGAAGUAUGAAGAUUUUUAGGUGGGAUACUGAAGGGUCACGAUUUUGUUCUGCAAUGGCGGGACGAUCGUGGCUGCUCAUCAUCUCAUUUUCGGGCUUAGCCGUUGAUCUUGCAGACUUUUCUUGAUACUAAAAAAAUAGUUUAAUUACAUUUAUUAUUGUUUUUGUGGAUAGAAUUUGGGCUGAUGACAGUGAAAACACUAUAGCUGCAAAGU